AGUUCACCUCUUCGUCCAGCAGAGGCCGCAAAGCCCGCGCUUUUAUGGUUCAUGUUAUUGUUUCGUUGAUUUUGGCUGAGCUAGCAUAAAAGAUACCUUCACUCUCAUUAGCGUAACCGUUGUUAGCCAGCCGCACACGUUAACGCUCCCGUUUUCACUGUAUACUCCGUUAACAGGCAGCUUAAACUAGUCAACACACUUAAUGUUUACAGUUGAGUGGAUUCAACAUGGACGAGCGGGACACUGCGGCGAUCCUACACGGAGAUGUCCUCAGUGACACAUUAGCGGACGAACCACAGCUCGACGUAAACAAAGAGGAGCCUGGUGUACCGACCACCGACGUCGUACGACCGCCUGUUACAUGCUCGCUGCCGGUGUCCGUUGAGCCGGUGUUGUUCCUGUCCAUGUUCUCCCUGACCCUGCAGGCACCUCUGUCGACCCAGUACCUGUGGGACCGCAUAAGCGAAGACCUCGGCUACAACGGCUCCAAGAGGUCGGAGUGCGGCAACAGCUCAGCGCCCCCCGACCCGCUUCAGAAGGAGGUGGAAACCUUGACAGCACACUGGAACCUGUACAUCAGUCUGGGGGGCUUUUCUGUCGGGCUCUUGGUUGUGCCUCUCCUGGGCUCGUGGAGUGACCUCGCUGGUCGCAGACGAGUCCUCAUCCUCCCUAACCUUGGCCUGGCCCUGCAGGUGAUCGUGUACCUUGUGGUGAUGUAUCUCAAGCUGCCCGUGGUCUAUUUUCUAGUGGGACGGCUGCUUAGCGGCCUGUCGGGUGAUUUUAAUGCCGUCCUGGCAGGCUGCUUUGCCUAUGUGGCAGACAUCAGUGACAGGCGCUCUCGCACCUUCAGGGUGGCAAUCCUAGAGGCGUGUCUGGGCCUGUCAGGAAUGCUAGCCAGCAUCAUUGGAGGACAGUGGCGGCGGGCUCAAGGUUACAUCAACCCGUUCUGGCUCGUGCUGGCCACCAACUUGGUGUCAGCUCUGUAUGCCUUCCUCUUUGUCCGUGAGUCUGUGGUGCCAGACCCGAGUGCUAAGCUCCUCACUACUCGACACCAUAAAGCUGUCUGGCACCUCUACUCAUCAGGAGGCAGCAGCAGUGAGGCUGGAGGACGAUUUCACAGAUGCAAGCUGUGGCUUUACACGCUGUGCUUCUUUCUGGUGGUGACUGUUCACUUCGGCUCCAGAGAACUGUACGUGCUGUACGAGCUGAGCUCGCCUCUGUGCUGGGGGCCAGACUUUAUUGGCUACGGAUCAGCAGCUCAGCACCUGGGCUACCUGAGCAGUCUGGUGGGGCUAAAGCUCAUGCAGCACUGCAUGGAGGACUCCUGGGUGGCUCUUGUGGGUCUUGCCUCCAACAUUGUUGGUCUGGUGGUCUUUUCUGUGGCUAACAGCACUCAGCUCAUGUUUACAGGUUAUGGUCUGUGUUUGCUCUUCAUGACAUCAACACCUGUGCUGAGGUCCAAGCUGUCCAAGUUGGUGGACCCAUCAGAGCAAGGUGCCCUGUUUGCAUCUGUUGCCUGUGUGGAGAGCUUGUGUUAUCUGGUGGGCAGCGGCGUUUUCAACUCCCUCUACCCAGCAACCCUGCACUUCAUGAAGGGAUUCCCUUUCCUCUUUGCUGCCAUCAUCCUCUUCAUCCCAGCUGGAAUAAUAGGGACUCUGCAGUGUUUGGAACAAAGGAGAGACCAGAGAGAAGCCACAGUGUCCUGACCUGCAGAGAGGUGGAGGGCAGGAUCACAAAAGAGAGUGCAGGUUCAUCCUGGUGUUAGUCUGAAAGGUGAGCAGAGACAUCCGUCGUGUCUGCAGUUUUAUUCACUCACCCAGGGAUGGGAUUUUUCCAUCUUGUUACACCAGAAAGAAUAACUAAGCGAUGAAGAAACUACAUCCUGACUGACAGUUCUGCCAAACCCAAAAAUGUGUCUUUAUAAUUAAAAUUUGAUGUAAUUUUUUAAUAUCAUGAGCUAUUUUAGAGCAUCAGAGAUCAUGACACUGCCGUGUCAUCACAGAUUCUAUGUAACUCGUCAACAAAAACAAAGAAGUUAUUUUGUAAAUUGCUGCUAUCUGAUUUUGUCCAAGUGCUCACUAACACAAAUAUCUGAUCAGUUGAUCACAUGGCAGCACCUCGGUACAUUUAGGCAUGUAGACAUGGUCAAGGCAACCUGCUGAAGUUCAAACCAAGCAUCAGAAUGUAACAACUUGUUACAACCGAGGUAUGCAGAAGAGCAUACAUUCAAUGCAUAAUAAGUGGAACCUUGAAGCGGAUGUGCUACAGCAGCAGAAGACCACACCAGGUGCCACUCCUGUUAGCUAAAAACAGCGAAUGUAUGUAAUUGUUGUAUAUCUCCAAGUGUCACUGAUUUAAGCCAUAUGUAGAAUCAAUCAGGAAUGAUGUUUUUCAUUGUGUGAAGGUUAAUCAUUUUUAUCUAAAUGACUGCUUCUGCAUUACACGCUGAUCUGUGAAGUAAUGCAGAACCCAUGCACACAGUGUCACGUCCUAGUUGCACAAUGAAGGAACAGGAGCUGCUGAAUCAGCUUUAAAUGCACAAAGGGAAGUUACUUGGCUGAGUGAAGUUUCCACUGACCUACCAUUAACUGAUCAGCGAGAUUCGUUUGAUCAUGUGACCAAAGCCAUCCUUAGAAAACAUACAGUGUGCUACAACUGUCUGAGAGACCUGUCUGUUCUUCUAUAAUUUCCAAUAUUUAGCAAUCUGAAUAAAUUUUAGAGUACAUUUUUUUAAGUGAUGAAAUAAGUGAUGUUUGUGUUUUCACUUUUAACAUUUUAUGUUUUUUCUAUAACUGCGUUUUUUAAAAAGUGAUUAAAUUAUGGUUUUGCACUUCCACUUCUGUUAACAGAGUGAUCUGUUAUAAUAUAAAGUGUGAUAAUUUAAUGAUUUCAAACCCAAAAAUCUUGUUA